AAGAUUCAUAUUUAAUUAUUAAAAAAAAAUAUAUAUAUGUAUAUAUUGAAUAAACCGAAAAAUGGAUGCUUUAAAUGUAUUCAUUGCAAUUGCUCUUAUACAUUGUUCAUUAUUUUUUUUCGACACAGUUUUUAAGACCUGUUCACAUUUUCCAUACAUAUAUUUUUUGAAAAAUACUGGAUUAGAAGUUCACUUAAUGCGAGUAAAAUGGUUUACCACUGUAUUCAAUCGCAAAAUAAUCAAAUGGGGUAUGGAUCGGUCCAAGUUUUGGACAGCAUGGUUCAAUACUGGUGUCAUUAUAAGUAUUAUUAUUUUACCAAUUGUAAUGAUUGCAAUUUUAAGAGCAACAUUUAAUAUAUGGACUGCUGGACCAUCCGCGGAUUCUAAAAAUUCACCUGUUUUAUUAGAACCGAUGUUACCUGGAGUUGAUAUACCUUUCAAUGAACUUGGAUAUUAUACAGUAACGUUAGCAAUUUGCACUAUUGUACAUGAACUUGGUCAUGCAUUAGCUGCAGUCAGAGAAGAUGUACAGUUAUAUGGUGUAGGAAUGUUAUUAGCUUUUACUAUACCCGUAGCUUAUGUCAAUAUAAAUAAUGAACAAUUUGAAUCAUUACCACUACGUAAUCGAUUGAGAAUUACAUGUGCUGGAGUAUGGCAUAACAUAAUUCUUGCAGCUUUAGCUGCAGCAAUUCUUGUACUUUCAACAUGGUUCUGGGCUCCUCUUUAUAAUGUUAAUAGUGGAGUUUAUAUUAAAAGUAUUUCAUCUAAUUCACCUUUAAGAGGCCAAACAGGUCUUUUAGAAUAUGAUAUAAUAUAUAAGAUAAAUAACUGUCCUGUUAAAAAUAGUGAAGACUGGUAUCAAUGUAUAUUAAAUACUAUUCAUCGACCUGCUCCUGGAUAUUGUGUUAAACAAUCUUUUAUUCAGGAAUACGAUGAAUCAGUACCACCUAUACAAAAGAAUAACGUAGUAAAUUGCUGUACUUUGGAUAGUGAGACAAUGGGAAGUUUAUGUUUUGAAUACAUCGAAGGGCCACAGGGUGCACCUCUUCAUUUACCACCACAUUCCUGUCUUCCAGCAAGAGCUAUGAUUAAUCAGUCUCAAAAUUAUUGCCAAACAAGCCACGAGUGUUCCUCUCAAGACACACAUUGUAUAAAACCUUCUUUAGAUAAUGUAACUAAGGUAUGUAACAUUUGGUUUAUUAUAAAUUUUGCAAAAAAUAUUCCAUGCUUUAAUGUUUUUACAAUGCUUUUACAGAUCGUACAAAUAAAACGUAAGAUGGGAAAAGAUGUGUUGUUUUUUGGACAUCCAGCUGAUAUUUAUAGAACAGUUGAUGUAUCAGAUUGGGUUCCUAAAUACAGUUUUUUAAAGCCUAGCAUUCCUGAAUCUCUAGUCCUACUUUGUAAAUAUAUCACAAUGUUUUCAGCUGGAUUGGCUGUUAUUAAUGUAGUACCUUGUUUCUUGUUUGAUGGUCAGUACAUUAUAAAUAUACUUGUUCUUUAUAUAUCGAAUGUAAUACCUUAUAAUAGAAAUAUUAGAGAAGCAUUAACCCUUACAAUAACAAGUAUAGGUACCAUACUUCUUAGCAUAAAUAUAGUGUAUUUACUUAUUAAUAAAUAUUACUAUAAUUUGUAACAAUUUAAUCUUUUUUAUAAUAU